AUGGCCGGUCCAUCACAAGAGGCAGCACCCAAGUCCCUCGUGGCCUCACUUUCCGCCGCAUUGUCGCGUCGGGAGGCCAAAUCCGCCCGUCGGAGGCUGACUGUUUUACCUCGGACGGCAGUGGACUUCUCGUCGAAUGACUUCCUGUCGUUGUCAACGUCUUCCGCAUAUCGAGAGCGCUUCCUGGCACUUCUGAACAAUACUCCGCCGUCAUUCCCCCUGGCCAGUGGGGGAUCUCGGCUAUUAGACGGGAAUUCGGCGUAUGCGGAAGAACUCGAGAACUUUGUCGCAACAUUCCAUCAAGCUCCGACGGCACUGCUAUUUAAUUCUGGAUACGAUGCUAACGUCGGGGUGCUCUCUAGCAUUCCACAACCCGGCGAUGUGAUUCUAUACGAUGAGCUCAUCCAUGCUAGUGCUCACGAGGGCAUGCGUCUGUCGCGGGCUGGUUCUCGCAAGAUGUUUCGCCACAGCUCGCCAAUUGGCUUGAGGGAGACUCUCAAGUCGCAGAUCGCAAAGGACCCGACAGUUGCUGAAGGUACACGGAAUGUCUUCGUGGUCAUUGAGUCAAUUUACAGUAUGGAUGGCGAUGUGGCUCCGAUCAAGGAGUUCAUCGCAGUUGUUGAUGAGUUGCUACCCAAAGGUAAUGGAUAUUUCUAUGUCGAUGAAGCACAUGCUACUGGAGUAUUUGGACCACGAGGUGCUGGGGUAGUUCAAGAACUUGGCGUUCAGGAUCGCAUGUUCAUUCGCGUGCACACGUUCGGAAAGGCACUGGCGAGUCACGGAGCGAUGGUUCUCUGUGGACCGGAGACGAGAGAUUAUUUGAUCAAUUAUGCCCGGAGUUUGAUCUACACAACAGCUCUGGGCUUCCCAUUCCUAGCAUCGAUUCGCGCUGCAUAUGAGCUCCUGUUAUCUGGUGAAACUGAAUCGGCGAGUCGAUCCCGUUCCCACGUCCUCCAUAGCCGUAUCUAA